AUGCAGGUCCCUCUAAUUCGGCUCCAGUGCGGGGUCAAUUCGUAUGACUGGGGAAAGAAAGGGCAAGCCUCCGUCGCCGCCAAGCUCGCCGCUGCCACUCCGUCCGAAGAUUUCGUCGUGCAAGAUGACCGGCCGUACGCAGAGCUAUGGAUGGGCACGCAUCCUUCCAACCCGUCCAAGGACUUGACCACGGGCCGGACCCUUCUCGAUCUCGUCCAGGACAACCAGGCGCUUCUCUCCCGGUCCGUCGUGGCGAGAUACGGGAAUAAGCUCCCCUUCCUGCUCAAGGUCCUCUCGAUCGACAAGGCCCUGUCCAUCCAAGCACAUCCAAACAAGAAGCUGGCGGGAGAAUUGCAUGCCAGGGACCCCAAGAACUACCCCGAUGACAACCACAAGCCCGAGAUGACCAUUGCCAUCACCCCGUUCGAGGGGCUGUGCGGGUUUCGCCCGCUCAACGAGAUAGCCCACUUCCUCGAGAAUGUGCCAGCACUCCGCCAGCUCGUCGGUGAGGAGGCCGCCAGGGAAUUCGUGGACACGGUGAAGGGCAACGAGGGGGACGAGUCACAGGAGGCGACAGCCAAGAACAAGCAAGUUCUCCGGAAGGCCUUUGCCGCGGUCAUGUCGUCGUCGGAAGCAGACCUGUCGGCGGCAACCAAGAGCCUCGUGGAGUCGGCGUCCAGCGCGGGCGCCGACUUCGCCGCCAAGGGCGUGGCCGCGACAUCCGGGGCGACGCUCGCCGAGCUGGUGACGCGCCUCCACGGCCAGUUUGGCACCGACCACGGCCUCUUCGUGCUCUUGUUCCUCAACUACGUCACCCUGCAGCCUGGCGAGGCGCUCUUCCUACGGGCCGACGACAUCCACGCCUACCUCAGCGGCGACGUGGUCGAGUGCAUGGCCGCCAGCGACAACGUGGUGCGGGCGGGGCUGACGCCCAAGUUCAAGGACGUCGACACCCUCGUCUCCAUGCUGACCUACAACUACGCGCCCAUCGAGGAGCAGAAGAUGCACCCGACCGAGUACCCCUACGCGACCCUAAACGCCAAGGCCUACAGCUCUGGGAGCACCGCCACUCUCUACGACCCCCCCAUCGACGAGUUCAGCAUCAUCCGGACCGUGCUGAGCGGCGACGGGUCAAAGGCGACCUUUGAGCAGCUGGACGGGCCGAGCAUCGUCAUCUGCACCACCGGCAAGGGCAAGAUAUCGGUCGGCCCCACGGUGCACGACAUUGAGGAGGGCCACAUAUUCUUCGUCGGCGCCACGGCAGAGCUUGUCCUGACGUCGGAGGGCGGGAAGGAUGACAGCUUCAUCACGUUCAAGGCCUUCUGCGAGGUCGAGGACCACAGCAAUGGGAAGUUGUGA